AUGCAGAGGGUGCAUGCGGUGCAAGCAGCGGAGGAUGUGUGUUCCGUCUGCGACAGUACGCACAACGUAAACAAGUGUGAAGUGCUGAAGCAAAUGACAGUGUCCGACAGAAUGGAGAUGACAAAAAAGCGCAACCUGUGCUUCAAUUGCCUGAAGCGCGGCCAUCGUGUUGUCAGCGGAUGCGGUAAGAGGCACCACACCUUACUGCAUUUUGAAGAAGUUUCGUCGGAGCAGCCGGUUCCAAUUAGAAGCGCCGCGGAGCAGCAGGAAGAUGUUGCGCCGCAGUUGACUCCGUCGAUAUCCGGUAUCAGCAUCGCAAUGCCAUCACAACGAGUUCACGAAAAGGAGAUUUUACUUUCGACUGCGAUUGUGGAGCUGCAAGAUUCUAGCGGAUCGUAUCAUCUGUGUCGAGCCCUAUUGGAUUCGGGGUCGCAGUCCAGCUUUGUCACCGAAAGCGUCGUCCGGCGUUUGCGGCUGUGGCGGGAACGAGUUCGAGCUCCUGUCACCGGAAUCAGUGGAAAUAGGCGUGUCGUUUCACAUCAAGCCGUGGCGCAAAUCAAGUCCAUGUACAGCGAAGCAUCCUGGACUCUCGACUUCCUAGUGGUUCCGCACGUUACUGGAUGUCUGCCGGCUCGGAAGAUCGACAUUGACCAGUGGCAGAUACCAUCGGAGUUGCUGCUGGCGGAUCCAAGGUUUAGUGUUCCAGCCAAGGUGGACAUGCUCAUAGGAGCGGAACUGUUUUUUGAGUUGCUGUUAAUGGACCGUCUGAAGCUCAACGAUUGUCAAGCGAUGCUGUGGAAAACAAAGCUGGGAUGGAUCGUGAGCGGAGCAUUUCCAAGCAUCCAGCGAACAGUAUUAGCUGCGUCCCACAUUGCGUAUCUGGAAUCACCGGAGUCGAACCUGGAGGGUCUAGUACAACGAUUCUGGGAUCAGGAGGAAGUUGGAGGAACGGCGGUGUCAAGCACAGAAGAUCAGCAAUACUUGGAGCAUUUCACCAAAACCCAUCGACGUGAAGAAGGGCAUUUCGUGGUCCGAUUGCCUUUUCGAGACAACGUGAACCAGCUUGGAGAAUCUCGUGCCAUAGCAGAGAGGCGUUUCUAUCAAUUGAAGAAGAAGCUCAACCUGAACCCCGACCUCAAGCUACAGUACUCCGCCUUUAUAAACGAGUACAUUAGUUUGGGACACUGUGUGAAGGUCAAGGACAAUGGUAGUACUGGGUUCUUCCUACCGCACCACGCCAUUUUGAAGCCAUCGAGUUCAUCUACCAAAUUGCGUGUGGUGUUCGAUGCAUCCGCACGAUCGGAUACCAAUGUCUCAUUGAACGAUGUGCUGAUGAACGGACCGACGAUCCAGGACACCCUAGCAGCUAUAGUACUACGCUCUCGGAAAUACAAGUUUUUGUUCUCCGCCGACGUCAUCAAGAUGUUCCGUCAGGUGCGGGUAGACGACAGAGACACCAGUUUCCAGAAGAUACUGUAUAGAGACGAUCCAAACACCAAACUGGGCGUUUUUGAGUUGAAGACGGUUACAUACGGCACAUCAUGUGCGCCGUUUUGUGCGACCGCUUGCUUGAGACAGCUCGCCCUCGACGAAGAGAAGGAUUACCCACUUGGAGCGCGGGUGGUGAAGCAAGAUGUUUAUAUGGAUGACGCAAUCACCGGAGCUGACAGUCUAGAAGAAGCAUUGAAGUGCCAAUCGCAGCUCAUCGAACUACUGAAGCGAGGGGGUUUAGAACUCCACAAGUGGUGCGCAAAUACCCCUGAAUUGCUGCAACGCAUUCCGGAGCAUGCCAGGGAGCAGCAAGUUAACAUCGAAGAACGAGCAUUCAACGACGUGAUAAAGACCCUAGGACUGUUGUGGGAUCCAUCAGCUGACGUGUUCCUGUUUCGAAUGCAGCCAAACGACGAGUCACUAGAAGUCUACACAAAGCGACUUGUUUUAUCUGAGACGGCGAAGAUAUUUGAUCCCCUCGGUUUACUGGAGCCGGUCACAGUGCUAGCGAAGCUCUUCAUUCAGCAGCUGUGGUCGCAAGAGCUGAGUUGGGACGAACCUCUAUCCAUCGAGCUGAAUUCAACGUGGCGACGAUUCAAGGAACAGUUGCAGGAGAUAAACGAAAUUCGGAUUCCGCGCAGAGUGGUAGCAGACGAUGCCGCAUCCUUCGAGGUACACGGGUUUUCAGAUGCUAGUCAAAAGGCUUAUGUAGCCUGUGUGUAUCUACGGAGCUUGAAGAGUGACGGUACCUCUGAGAUGCACUUGCUUAGCAGUAAAACUCGUGUCACACCACUUCCCAGCAAGCCAGGGAGUAAGAAGCCAAGAAGACCGUACACCAUACCGAGAGCUGAACUGUGCGGCGCUCUUCUGCUAUCGAAGCUGGUCACAAGUGUACUGAAAGCCAUGGACAUGGCGAUCGACAAGGUGGUUUUGUGGUGUGAUUCGCAAAUCGUCUUAUGUUGGCUCAACAAGUCAGCAGCUAGUCUCGAAAUCUUUGUUGGUAGCCGAGUUCGAGAGAUCAAUCAACUAACACAUGACUUCGAGUGGCGGUACAUCUCUUCCAACGAUAAUCCCGCUGAUUUGGCUUCCAGGGGAGUCACUCCGUCGGAUCUACAGUACUCAAACCUCUGGUGGCACGGUCCUGCCAUGCUGCUGCAGAACGACAACCUUUACGUACCUCCCGAAUCACGUACGUUCAGCGACGAGCAACUAGAAAUCGAUGAUAACACUUACUGUCAAGUGGUUGUGCGCUUCAAUCCGUGUGAACUACUAACAAGAUACAGUAACUUUAGAAAACUUCAGCGAGUGGUAGCCCAUCUGUAUCGAUUCGUCAACAACUGCCGCAAGAAGAAGACCGAGCGAACAUCUGGCUCGCUUUCCAUCCUGGAGCUACGUAGCGCGACAUUGAAGAUCAUUUGGAAUGUGCAGCGGGAAGCAUUUGCCGAUGAGUUGCACAUGUUGCAGCACAACAAGACGAAAAAGAGCAAGUUUCUGCAACUAGCGCCGUUUUUGGACUCGGACGGGUUGCUGCGAGUCGGCGGCCGUCUGAAGCAUACGAAGCUACCGUUUCAUCGAAAGCAUCAGCUGCUAUUGCCGCCUGGACACCACGUCACACGAAUUUUGAUCGAGUCACUACAUAAGGAACACCUCCACGUGGGCCAACAAGGACUACUUGCCAUGGUUCGGCAACGAUACUGGGCGAUAAGAGGUCCCAUUUACAUAAAACAAGGUCGACGGCAAGCACGUGUCAAGGCAUACAUUGCUGUCUUUAUUUGUAUGAGUACGAAGGCCAUACAUUUGGAGGUAGCCUCCGAUCUAACUACCGAAGCAUUCCUGGCAACUUUGCAGCGAUUCGUCGGUAGGAGAGGGACACCAGAAGAGCUCCAUUCGGACAAUGCUACAAACUUUUGCGGAGCGCAGUCCGAAUUAACAGAGCUGUACGAACUAUUCAAGCAACAGCAGACCGCCACCAAGAUCAAUGCGUUUUGUGAUGCGAAGGAGAUACAAUGGUCUUUCAUCCCGCCUCGCUCUCCUAAUUUCGGCGGUAUAUGGGAGGCUGGGGUGAAGGCGGCCAAGUCAUUGCUGAAGAAGGUGUUGUGCGAAACUUCCUUGUCCUACGAGGAGCUUACAACAGUAGUCGUCCAAAUAGAGGCCAUCCUCAAUUCACGGCCGAUGACACAGUUGACGUGCGACCCAAACGAUUUAACGGCGCUGACUCCAGCUCACUUUUUGGUGAGUCGCGAACUCACGGCGUAUCCGGAACCGAGUUACGAAGAAGUUAAGGUGUCGCGGUUGUCACGUUGA